GUACACCGUUUUUCUUCAAUAGACUUCAAAACCAAAAAAAAUAAGAAAAGAAUGGGUUUCACAAAAAUCUUAGUGACCUUCUUUCUUGUAGGUUUAUUGGUUAUUUCGUCGUCCCCACAAAACGCUAUAGCAUCAGAGAUCAAAGCAAAGAUCAAUGGCCUAGAAUGCUUUAAUACAUGUACAUCUUAUUAUGAUGAUCAUAAAUGCAAUGUGGACUGCCUAUCAUCGGGGUACCCGGCAGGAGAAUGUUAUACUGUGUCUCCUUCUCAACCUAAAAAAUGUUGUUGUUAUUAAUUAAAACUGAUGAUCCGUACUAUGGUCUAUUAAAACUUUUAUCUAUAACUAUGAGAACCACCAUGUAGUUUCUCUUAUUAUAAAAAUGCCAUGAAAUAAAAGACCAUCUUUACAUCGCAUAUUUUCUUAAUCUAAACCAUAAUUC